AUGACGAUCCUCGAUGACAAACAAGCCUCGGCACUGACCACCGAAGCCCCCUCGACAGCGACAACCCCCUCAGCAGCAGCAGCAACGACACCCGCGCAACAGCAGAAACAACCACCGCGCGAGCUCCGCAACGAUCCCGCCCGCACCGGCUUCGACCCGCAGACAAAAUGGUGGAUGAAUUACUUCAAUGUCCUUACAGGGCGGAUGACCGCUGAGGGCGCCUUCCACUACCGUGAGGCUCGGUACCGCGCCAACGAGGAGCGCGACUGCAAGCGCUGCGAGGAGCAUCGUGACUGGCUCCUCGCCUUCUCCCCGACCGUGCGAUUCCUCAACGAGAAGAUCACGGCCCUCAACGGGACCCUCGAUGCGUCCAACAUCCAGUGCCGCCGGUGCCCGGCCCGCCUGACCGAGGACGGCGAGGUGCAUCGCCAAUCCGGCGGCUUCAGCCCCGCUCACGGCAUCAUGAUCUGCGCCAAUGAGGUGAGGGACAGGAAGCACCUAGAGGACACGCUAUCGCACGAGAUGGUGCACGCGUGGGAUCACCUGAGGUGGAAGGUGGAUUGGAUGGGGGAUCUGGAUUUGAAGCAUGCGGCGUGUACAGAGAUUCGGGCAUCAACACUCAGCGGCGAGUGCAGAUGGACAAGGGAGGCGUUCACGAGAGGCAACUGGAGCCUGUCUCAGCAGUUUCAGGACUGCGUGCGGAAGCGCGCAAUACAGUCCGUCCUCAAUCGACCCAGGUGUAAGGAUGACGUGCAGGCGACCAAGGUCGUCAACCAGGUCUGGGAUUCCUGUUUUAGCGAUACGCGGCCCUUUGACGAGGUCUACAGGUGA